AUGUCAUCGUUCCAUACCAGCUUCGAGCGCAACGUCAACAACGACAUGCAGGACGACGGUCAGCCUGGCCGUGCACCUCCAGAGGCUGAGGAUGCAGACAUGGCCAUGAAGAAGGGCCUCCCGUCUCCCGGCUACCCCAUCGAUGAGAAGGCUCACUCUAAGAACGAGUACCCGCCACGAUUCUCAACACUCUUCAGCGCAGCACCUGCUCCUCCACCGCCUCCUCCACCACAGCGAGAGUACAUUCGGGUGGACUACCCUGAACCACAGAAGAAGUCAGGCGUAUUCCUCCCAAUGCCACUCUUCAUCGUCUUCGCGGCCAUUCUCUUUAUUGAGAGCACCAUCCUCUUUGCCUACACGGUCAUCGGCCUGUACAACAAUGCUCCGGCCAAGCUCUUUCUCUGGGCUGGCCAGAGCGGUGCUGUAGCCGCGGCGUGCAACUUUGGUCCACAACAGCCGGCUGUCAACAUUGCGCCCAACUUCAUCAUGCCGCAAGCUGGGCAGCCUCUUACUGAUCUCAUCACGAUCACUCCUUCGACUUCAAUCCCGACGUCGACAUCGUCCACCAGUUCAAGCACGUCCACAAGCGAGACCUCAACUUCUGCCAGCACCACGUCAAGCUCUACAACCUCUUCAACAACAACUGACGGCGCUGGCGAGGCGGCUUCAAACAUCGCAGGCAUCUUUGGCAGCCUUGAGCUCACAACAGUAUCUGCCGUCAGACCCACUGUCACCAGUGUCAAGCUCAUCACCGUCGAUCCACCACGACCCACGACUUCCACCACAGUCACUAUCGACGCGCCUGCGCCUACCGACACUGCGACGGAUGCUACGGUUACUACCAAUGGUGCAGAUUCUGUGACGAGCUCCGGCUCAGCAGAUUCGACGUCAGCACCUCUGGGUGGCAUUACUGUCACGCCUACUACGCUGGAGUCUUCGGUCACGCCGGCUCCUACUGUUUAG